AUGGAUAUGGAUGCUGAUAUGGAUGUACCCAUGCAAGACGCAAAUGAUGAUCAAUUAACUCCCACCUUGGAUUCAGGGAUGAAUAAUCAGAAUACCUCUAAUGAUAAUAAUAAUAAUAAUGAUGAUGAUAUACAAAAUAACCCGAUCACUUUAGCUACAAACUCAAACGAUUAUAGUGAUGAUUUCAAACCAGGAUCUUCUGGGAUAGCAGAUAACAAGUCAACAACACCCAUGGUUUUAAAUAAUUCAAAUAUAAAUCAAUUGGAUACUUGGAUAGAAAAACUAACCAAAUGUGAAAUCCUUUCAGAAGAUGAUGUGGAAAGACUUUGUAAAAUGGCGGUGGAUGUAGUACAGUUUGAAGAAAAUGUCCAACCAGUAAAUGUUCCUGUAACUAUUUGUGGUGAUGUUCAUGGUCAAUUCCAUGAUUUGAUUGAAUUAUUUAAAAUAGGUGGCCCUUGCCCUGAUACAAAUUAUCUAUUCAUGGGUGAUUAUGUGGAUAGAGGUUAUUAUUCAGUAGAAACGGUGUCUUUAUUAGUCUGUAUGAAAGUAAGAUAUCCAAAUAGAAUUACAAUAUUAAGAGGUAAUCAUGAAUCAAGACAAAUUACACAAGUUUAUGGGUUUUAUGAUGAAUGUUUAAGGAAAUAUGGUAGUGCUAAUGUUUGGAAGAUGUUUACUGAUCUUUUCGAUUAUUUCCCAAUUACUGCCUUGGUAGAUAAUAAGAUAUUCUGUUUACACGGUGGUCUGUCACCGAUGAUUGAAACUGUAGAUCAAGUCAGAGAUUUAAAUAGAAUUCAAGAAGUACCACACGAAGGUCCAAUGUGUGACUUAUUAUGGUCUGAUCCUGAUGAUAGAGGCGGAUGGGGUAUAAGUCCAAGAGGUGCAGGUUUUACAUUUGGUCAAGAUAUUAGUGAACAAUUUAAUCAUACAAAUGAUUUAUCUUUAAUUGCAAGAGCCCAUCAAUUGGUAAUGGAAGGGUAUGCAUGGUCGCAUGAUCAAAACGUAGUGACAAUAUUUAGUGCUCCAAAUUAUUGUUAUAGAUGUGGGAACCAAGCUGCCAUUAUGGAAGUCGAUGAAAAUCAUAAUAGACAAUUCUUACAAUAUGAUCCUUCUGUAAGACCAGGUGAACCAAUUGUAACAAGGAAGGCUCCAGAUUAUUUCUUAUAA